AUGAAGUUGACUAACCUUUUAUUUGCUACUUUUGCCUCAUGCGUGAUGGCUGGUGAUCUAACCGAACUAGAAAUUGAUAUCACUAAGAAGAUCCCUGUUGCUGAUUGUAAAAUUAAGGCUGUCUCUGGUGACUCAGUCAGUGUACAUUACGUCGGUAAAUUUUUAAGUAAUGAUGAAGUCUUUGACUCCAGUUACGACAGAAACUCCCCAAUUACCUUUAAAUUAGGUGCUGGUCAAGUUAUCAAGGGUUGGGAUCAAGGUAUUCUUGGUAUGUGUGUUGGUGAAGAACGUACUAUUAGAAUCCCAAGUGAUUUAGCCUACGGUGCUAGAGGUGUGCCAGGUGUCAUUCCAGCUGAUGCUGAUAUGGUCUUCGAUGUUAAAUUGGUCGAUGCUGUUAAUAAAUAA